UUCAUCAAUGUGGCGGGCGGGGUCCGAUGACAGCGACAACAACUAAGGAGAACAUAGAAUAUAACCUAACUACACAUUAAAUUCUGGUUUUGGUCAAGUACCCUGAACCAUCAUCACUAUCUAUCACCAUCAUCACACACGCACGCUCACCAUGGGCGACAUAAACACAAGCCCGAGAGAAUGGACUCAGCAAAUCCUAGAGGAAUUCGCCGAUGUAAUUUGGGGCUGCGACACGAUCGAGAAGGCAGCCUCGUUCAUCAUGUCGCUCCCUAGUCCGAUUUUCCUGCCGAAUUAUGUCGCAGGCAAAAUUGGGUUACCGUCGUCGGAGGCAACAACAUUUAUCGAUUCCUAUGAGCCCAAAACUGGCAAACUACUCUCCAGACUUCCCCGUUCACAAGAUGUUGACGUCGAGGAUGCGAUUCGCCAUGCAAGGGCUGCCUUCCAAACAUGGAGCAAAACGACACGCACCGAGAGAUCUCGCCAUCUUCGUCGCAUAAGCGAGCUGCUCCAGCAAAACCGCGAACUCUUUGCCGUGUGGGAAAGCAUUGAUCAGGGAAAGACGCUCGAGCGUGCAAGGAUCGAAGUCGACCGGGCCAUCUCGAACUUCUCAUAUUUCUCAACUUACAUUCUCCACGAGCAAACGGCUGCGCGGAUGGUUGACGGGGUUGCCCUCACAUACGAACACCGCUCACCAGCCGGCGUCUUUGCACUGAUCUCACCAUGGAAUAUGCCCUUGUACCUUCUCACUUGGAAGAUUGCGCCCUGUAUUGCGUUCGGGUGCACCGCGGUUGCAAAGCCCAGUGAGGUCACGAGCAUGUCCGCGUAUCUUCUGGGGAUACUGUUGCAAAAAGCCGAGCUGCCCGCUGGUGUCGUCAACAUUGUUUUGGGAGAUGGGCCAACCACGGGAGCGGCACUUGUUGCUUCGCCGCAGAUUGACGGUGUGUCGUUCACUGGAGGUACCGAAACGGGAAUUGCCAUUCGCCGUGCCACUGCCCACCAAAUCAAAAAGCACAUAUCCCUUGAGCUCGGAGGCAAGAAUCCGACGUUGGUGUUUGCCGACUCGAUGGCCCCGGCAACGCGAGAGCGCACCAUUCGCAUCGCAGCCACCGCUGCCUUUGAGAACCAGGGGGAGAUCUGCCUCUGCGGAUCCCGCAUCUAUGUUGAGCGUGCGGCCUACGAAGAGUUUGUCGGUCUUUUUACCGAGUACGUGGCCAAGACAUAUGUUCCUCGGGAAACAAUGGGUGCCGUCACCAGUGCGCAGCACUACAGCAAGAUUCGAGGCUACCUGGAGUUGGCGGCCAAGGAGAAGGUCACGUUCAACUUGGGAAGUGUCCCUUGUCCGGUGGAAGAAUGCAGCAAUAAGGGGUACUGGGUGCCCCCUACAGUCCUGACGGAGGUGGCCCCGAACUCGGCGCUCUUGAAGGACGAGAUCUUUGGUCCCGUCGUAACUAUCUGCCCGUUCGACGACGAAGCGGAUGCGGUCCGUCUUGCCAAUGAUAGUGAAUAUGGCCUGGCGGCCGUGCUUCUGACCACCAACGGGGCGAGGAUGAGGCGUGUCGGGGAGCAGAUCGAGGCGGGUUUGGUGUGGGUGAACUGCUGGCUGGUCCGGGAGCUCGGCACGCCGUUCGGCGGGAUGAAGAACAGCGGCACCGGCAGGGAGGGCGGCGAGUACUCCAGGGACGUGUUUACCGUCGCCAGGACGCUGCAUUUGCCGGCAUAUUAAUGUUUAUAGAGUUGAAUAGCUAUGAGGUACUGAUUACCGCGAAAUAGCAAUACGGUUGAUGUUAG